CAGACAAGCGCAGAGCGGGAGUGCUCUUAGGUUACAGCGCUGAUCAUGUAUUUAAGCUAAGCGAGUGUCCAGCUAACGUGGCUAAAAUAUAUAUGGCGACACUACGAGUGUGUGGAUUUCACCGAGUCCCUGCUAAAGUUGUCACUACAGUGAGGAUGUGGUGGGAGUGUUCUUCUGACUGAGUCUCGUAACUGUUCUGCGGUACGGUUUAAAACUCCGGACAUGCCUCGACUUCCGCGGAACAGACUGUCUCCGUGGAUAGAGCGGCUCAUCUUGAGCUACGGCAGCCAGGAGCAGGAGGAGGUGGGCAGCAGGUUGAAGGCUCAUGUCAUCGGUGUGGGUCAGAUGUCCCAGUCCCAGGCGGGGAACACCGAGGGCCCCACCGGGUUGCUCUUUCUGUCUGAUGGGGUACUCCAGAUUCCAGCCGUCCUCACGGCGUCAGCCUGGGAGCAUCUGCAGGAGCAGGAGGACCGUGAGUGCUUCAGCAGCCUGCUCAACAGCACGGUUUGCAUCCAGGACUACCGGCUGCAGUUCCACAUGGCCUCGGAACAGACUAAAUGCAGGUUCUUCUUAUCAGUCGGAGAACUAGCUACAACCGCAGCAGGUCCAGUUAAAGACAACACCCCCUGCUGCACCACCCUGCCCUCUGUCAGGAUGAAGAUCUGUAACACGUGGAGAGCUCUGCUGGGUCAGGAGGACUCUCAGAAGAGCCAGUGUGAAUUUGACCUAUCCGAGCUGCUGGGAGAGUGGCAGCACGACUGUCUGCAGGCUGUGCUGGAGGACGUCAGGGAGAAGCUGACAAGGGGAUGCGCCGCGAGCCUGCAGCCCUCCACCUCCACCUGUCACUCCACGCAGACCUGCUCUAGCACACGCUGGGAUGUGGACAGGAUCAGAUAUAAGGGAGAGAAGUGUUUCAGUGUCCCUGUGAAAUAUCUCCUUAUCCCAGAGGAAGACUCUCAGCAGGUCCAGACUCUAAAAAAUGCUGAAAGCAGCACAGAGAGGAUGGAGAAGGAGAAUAUACCGCAAGUCUGCAACCCUCCAGAGACCACGCAGCCCUCUGUUGAUGAUGCACACUGGCAGAUAGUUCAGCCAGCAGCUGUACAAGGACUUUGUGCAUCCAGUGACAGCUCAUCUCUUCCAAUGGAGGACAGCCUGCUCCACGAGGAUGUGAUCACAGGUGGGACUGACGAGCCUUUGCCCAACCCGUGGAACAUAUUUUCUCCUCCUUGUAUCUCCCCAUCUUCCUCUGAUGCAUCUCCAGAAGCUACACCAAGCAUCUCACCGCACCCAGCCUCUGCUGCAGAAUCCAAGCCUGAUCCCGCCACCAGCACGCAGCUUCCUGUCCACCUGGUGGAGUCCAGCUACUUCCCACCCUACCAGAAACAGCUGACUGCCCUCCCCACCACUGCCACUUCCUCGUGUUCAGCUUCAGGCUCCAUGAUUGCUCCAGAAAUGGAAAAACAUCGCACCUGGACAGCACAGCAGAGCCUCCCACCUGUGGACCAAGAAAGGGAGGAGACAACUUUGACAAGACACGGAAAAGUUAAGAGAAAGCAAAGCGAGUCCACACCAGAAGCCCUCGACACCUCCACCUUGGCGGAGGACAAGGAGGCAGAGCUGAGCAGCAGUCCUCCAUCGUGGCUCUUUGACACUCCGGUAAGAGGCUCCAGUGCCGAAGACGGCAGCAGUCCUAAACAGGCUUCAGGGAGUGUCCCGAGAAAAAUUCCAAAGGUUCAUCGCGACGGCAGGCCGUUCUCUUACUCGUACCGUGUGUGUGGACAGAAUCUGCAGGACUUCAGUCGCUUCAGAAUGACUGAAUCUCUGCUGCACUGGGCUGUGAAGUAUCUCGUGACUCCAAAGCAGACAGACAAUCCUGCAAACGUAGCGUGAGUGGGCCUAGUUUACCUCUCGUCUGUCUUUAGUUCUGUUCUGGUAUUGCUUCAGUUUGUCGGUUAUGAUGGUGUCCUCAGAUCGCUCUGAUGGCCAUUUCUGUUUGGGAUGGUUUGGUUUAUCAAACGAAGGUCCACAUCAGCUGAUGACGGAAUUUACAGCUGUUAUUUAUUUAGCUUUUAUGAAGAUUUCCUCAUUUUCCAAGAACAAAAUAAAAACAUUAAAGUGCUGGCGUUUCAGUCAGAGCUUCCUAAUUUAAUGAGAAACUGAUCUGAUUUUGGUUUUUUUGAGCAUAUAAGACAUCACCUUGGCUUGUAGGAAGUUAAAACUUAAUUUGAUUUAUUUUUUUCCUGAUAUUUUGUUUAAAAAUUUGCAAGCAGAAGAGGUUUGCAUUUCACAAAAGCACAUGACAGCAACGCCAAAGACACUGCACCGAAAUAAUGUUUUGCACACACGGUCAAUGUUUGUUUUACAAUUUUUGGUGAGCUCUACACAAAUAACAAUGUUAAAUCACCAAUAAAUACAAUUACUGACCAAAAUAAAGCCAAACGGCAGUUUUCGUCACACACUGUGAAACCAUGCUUUUGUUUCAUGCUGUGUGACGCUGUCACGGAUUAAAAAUGAAUAUUUUCUCAGCCUCUAGAUGCUAAAAUGUCCAAAUAAAACACGUUUGGAGUCUUUUUUUCAAUCAUUUGCUGUUAAAUGUUCUGUAAGUGCAGAGGUUGUGGCUUGCUCUCUUUUGUGAUUUCAGACCUUUCCUGUCUGUGAUUAAUGGAAAUGUCACACGCUGCAAUAUUCAGCUGACAUUAGUUUGAUGUCAGAAGUCAUCAGCAGCUGUUUGAUUAUCCAUGAAAGCAAAAAUGUAAAAUAUUUGAUUGUUCCACAUUUUGAUAAAUGAAUAUUUGUGACAGUUGAGUAAAAAUCUGCGUUUUAAACUCCCCCCCCCCCAGUUUUCUG